AUGGAUGGCAAAAGAAGCGCCAGUUUCGCCGUGGACGAAAAACAGACGGAGAACCUAUCAGAAACUCCACGAGAUAGUGCACAGACGCAUGGGCCCAAUUCUACCGGAUACACCCCUACUUCUGGGGAUGUGGUCAGUGACGCGCAGGCCUCUGACCAUCUGCAUCGUACUUCAGACCGUCUUCCACAGGAACAGCAACCAGGUGCAAUUGGGGCUCUUGAAGCUGCCCAGGUUAUCAACCAGCAGUCUGAGCAGGCGCAACAAAAAGAACAAGAUUUGGGGGAUGUUGAACAGAGGCGUGCCAUGGAAUUGCUUCGUUCUGUGGACGACGACCCCGACAGCGGAGGUCAAGUAAUUGUUUGCUCAGCCCCAGAUGCAGAUAGCGAAAAGGGCAACAUUGGCGCCGUCGCUCCAUCUGCUGCUGACCCUUCGCGAGAAGCUCAACAGCAAUUAGCCUACCGGAGCCUCAGCUACAAGGGUGACAGCACAACGGAGGUUCCAGCGGCUGUGGGUUCCGCUGUUGGACCUGUAGUUUCAGGAACGACAGCUCCUGUCGAUAAUGUGGCAAAUCUGAAUGCAGAUGAUUCUUACAUAGCUCAGUUAACCAUGAAGGCCCAAGAGAAUGAACGGGAGGAUGUGCUGAAGGAGCUGGCGUCCUAUCCAGAGCUAGAAUUUUUACGACAUGAAUAUGAAAAGCUUCAUCAGGCGCUUAAGAACUCUCAAAAAAAUGAGCUGGAGCUCAAGGCAAAAUGUAUGGAUCUGAGCAGUGCUCUACAAGCCAACGCAAUGCAGGUGCAUGCAGCACUGAAAGAAGCCAGCGGGGAAGAGGAGACAAUCAAGAGGCUAAAACGGGACUUAAGUGCUUCGCUGAUAGAGGUUGCGAAUGGCAAGGCACAGGAGGCCGCCGAGGCAAAAGCAGCAAACCAACUUCGUGCCCAAAUUGAAGAGCUCUACAAAGCACACUUCGAGCAGCAGCAACAAGAGCUUGCCAGGAAACAGGCAGAUCUGGCUCAAUCAGAGGAGCAAAUAGCUUCGUUGCAGCAGCAGUUGGCUAUGACGCAGCAACAGGUUCAGCAAGAGGUACAGGAAUCGCAAGAAAUCCAGAGGCGCAUAGCUCAAACGGAGCUUCGUUUAAACGACCAGAUAUACAAAAAUAGCCGUCUUAAGGCAGCGAACGAGGAAAGAGAAGCUGAACUCAAAUCAAAGCAAGAGGAGAUCGAGAAAAUGCGAGCGGAGAAAGACCGUGUUGUCAAGCUGCACGAAUUAUUAAAGAAGAAAAUGCAAAUCCUCGAAGGGGACAAGCGCACCCUGGAUGAGCAGGCAACGGGCACGUACACUCUUAAGCUGGAAACAGCUGCUUCGGAGAGGGAAAUUGAUACACUAAAGCAGCAGGCAGAGACUGACAAGCGGCAAAUCGAAUCACUGCUGCGCGAGAGGGAUUUACUAUCUAAGAAUCUUUUAAACGCUGACGCCACCGCAAAGAAGCAUGCAGACCACGCUAAGAGACAACUGACUCACUGCGAGCAUCUUGAAAAGGAGGUUGAUGGGUUCCGGCGCGAAUGCCAGCAACUCCAGCAGAAAGUCGAAGCUCUCGAAGCGGAAAGGGACCGCUAUGGGCACACUCUAAACAAAAGCAACCAAAAGUACUUGGAGAGCCUCGAGCAGCUGAAAAAUGAGGAGCUUAGAGUUGCAGACUUGCAGCGAUCUAUCGGCGAGCAGCAAUCGAAACUUGCUGCACAAAAAACCCUUUACGAGGCUAUAUUGGCAGAGAGGGACAUGCUAGGGACUCAACUGCUAAAGCGAAACCAGGAGCUAUCCCUCCUGUACGAAAAAGUGAGGAUCCAAGAGUCCACCCUGGCAAAGGGCGAAGCCCAGUACAAGGAGCGACUGAAGGAAAUUAAGGAGUGGAGCCGACAGUGCUUGGCGUUCAGGCGGGAGCUGCGCAACCUUGAGGGAGGCGUUGCUGAAGUAGAGUCCCUUAAGCGGGAAAUCUUGCAGCUACAGAAAGAGUUGCUGCAGGAAAGGACGAAGGUACGGGCACUAACUGAGGCCCUAGCAACGCCCAUGAACGUGCACAGAUGGAGACGACUCGAAGGGACCGACCCUGCCAAGGUUGAAUUAGUAAAGAAAAUUCAGUCAUUACAAAAGCGACUGAUUGCCAAGACUGAGGAGGUGAUUGAAAGGGACCUUCAAAUUCAAGAAAAGGAGAAACUUUUUGUGCAGCUCAAG